AUGGCGUCUCAAAACAAACUGGGUCCGCUUACCCCAGCCGAAUACGAAGCCAUUAUGGAGCUUCCAGGGAUUCCGUACGAAGCUGUCAUUGAUUAUCCAAACGGCGAUACUCCUGGGAACGUGAGACCGGGAUAUUGCGGAGCCUACAUCUGCUUUUUUCGCGAUGGCCUUAUGUCAUUUCCUGUUCCUUCAUUUCUCCUCGAGAUUCUAGCGGAGCUAAAGCUGUCGUUCACCCAGAUUACUCCGACCUUCUGGCGUUACUUCUUGGCGACGUUCGUUCGAGCCAGAGAGGAAGGAUUAGAGUUCGGUUUGGCUGAAUUAAAGCAGUUUUACACUCUCAAGAGAAGUAUCAGCGUCACUGGAGCGUUUCUUCUUUCUCUGCGUGCAGGUCGUUUGAUUAUUACCGACAUUCCUGGGAAAGACUUUAAUUGGACGUACAAGUUUUUUGUCUUCAAGGUCGAUCCAGUGACGGUUGGGGAUUUUAACUUCUCUCGGAUUCCGAUGAAAUGGAAAGAGAACGUAGGAUUGUUUGGAUCAUCAAAGUCGACUCCAGAGCUGCGUGGUUUGAUCUCGGCGCUCCGCCGAGGUAAGUGCGGUUGGGACAGUUUUACUCCGGAGAGGGUUCGAGCUGCUUAUGCUUUGCCCCCCAGCGUGAAUCGUGCCGUUCCCGUCGCGCUUGUGGAACCGAUUCGUCCUCGAAAGGACCAGAAAGAUAAAGGGGUGAAAAGGAAAGACCCUCAUGCGGAGCCUUCAGAUGCUAAUUCUGACUCCGCUCCUUUAAAGCGAGCUCGUGAGACUCCGGACAAACGGGUGACUAGAGCGAGUUCUCAAGUUCAGUCUCCGAUUGUCCGGGCUACGCCGCUUUCUGUGGUUCGUCCAGAUCGUGAUGCUCAACCAGAUUCUCGAGCAUCGGGCGAAGCGGACGUCGAGGAAGUUGCUCCCAAGAUUCAGCGACGUCGUCUGAUCUUGGACGAUGAGUCUUCUAAAGAUUUUAACGUAUCGAGCUCGGAACCUAGGAUGCAAGAUCCCAGGGAAGGUACUUCUAAGCCGGCCAGAUUUCCUGCGGACUGUCGAAGUGGUUCUCCGCUGGCGUUCUCAUAUGACGUCGAUGCUCUGAUUUUGGAGAAUCCUGAACGACUCGCUGCCAUCUGGCGGAAGCUGCGAAGUUCUUCGUGCGUGCUUCCUCUCUUGGAACAAAUGCGAGGUCGUGGUGCCUAG